UGUCACCAACGUCUGCACAAAAACUCUUUGUCACCCAUAAAGCAUGUAAGUCGAGCUUAGAUGCUUUUCUCUAAGGAUUCUCCAAGCAACCAAAUUGCUUAAAAAUGCUUCUGUCUGCCCUAAAAAGCCUUAAAACACAUGACUUGAGCCCAAAGUGCUAGAAACAUUUUAUUAAAACAUUUGUAUUAAAAUGUAAAAAAAAACAACUUUAAUUCUGUCUUAAUGUCGGAAAAACAUUCUGCUUGAAAAACACAUGAUUCUUUUUAAAAUGCAGAAUUAAAAUGUGCUUAAAAAAUACUGGAGAAACACAUUUUACAUAAAAUGUUUGAAAAACACAUUCUGCUUACGGGGACCUAUUAUGCCAAUUUUUCAUCCCUUUGUGUUGAGUUGUUGACUCCUAUAGAGCAGCUACACACGAUAACCUGCACAGAAAGCUUUCUAGAUCUUCCAGAAUCUGCACCUAUUCAGCUGUAUUUCUUUGGAUUUUGUUUCCCGUGAAAACUGUUUUAAUGUAUUCCACCCAAGGACUUCCCAAACUAGCCAUCCCAAACUUCUUUCAGGGCUCAUUUCCAAAUGAGCAAACCUUAUUAUCUGAAACUCGUUUAAUAUGACAAUACAGAGAAUACAACAUUUUCACUUAGGGGUAUCAUACUCUCCGCACUUAUUGUAAUUAUCAUCUCCGUUAUAACAUCAUGGUUCUUUCCAGAUGGCUAGCUCGCUGGUAGCACCGCAGAUUCAUGGUGCAGGGGAUGGAGGUUCAAUACCUGAUGAGGCCGAAUAUAGGUGUUGCUUGUUUUAACCUUUCUCCAAGUCCAGAACCUAUCGUAAUCAUCACCUCCGUUAUAACAUGAUGGUGCUUUCCCGAUGGAUAGCUCAACUGCACCACAGAUUCAUGGUGCCGGGGAUUGUGGUUCAAUACCUUGUGAGGCUCACUGUAGUUGUUACUCAUUUUAACAUUUCUCCAGGUCCAGCACCUAUCGUAAUCAUCAACCAUGUUUCCCAUUAGGUUAGCUCAACUGGUAGCACCGCAGCUUCAUGGUACAGGGACUUGGGGUUCAAUACCUGGUGUGGGCAGGUGUUGUUGUUGGUCAUUUUGUUAGUUCUCCAGGUCCAGCACGUAUCGCAGUCAUCACCUUGUUAUAACAUCGUAGUGUUCGUGAGCUGGUUAGCUCAACUGGUAGCACCGCAGAUUCAUGGUGCAGGGAUUGAGGUUCAAUACCCGUUGAGGCCGACUGUAGGUGUUGCUCUUUUUAACAUUUCACCAGGUCAAGCACCUUUCAUAAUCAUCACCUCUGUUAUAACAUUAUGGUGUGUGUGAGCUGUUUAGCUCAACUGGUAGCACUCCAGCUUAUGGUACAGUGGAUCUUGUUUCAAAUCCCGGCCAGGUUUGAAUGUGGGUUUAAGAAAGAAAAAUCUUGAUAUAAUUUUUCUUAAACCACCAGCUGCCUAAUCCAUCUAUCUAUUCUAUAUCCCUCGAUGCACUUUUUUGGUAAAAAAAAAAAAAAACAACAAAAAAUGGGGAAACCUCGCACACACUCAACAGGGGCCCCAGAAUCAUCCAAAAAUGGCAUAAAAUGCCAGAGUUUGAGGGUGGUGAUUUUUUACAAAAAACGUAAGAGGCAUAGACUAUAGAUGUAUAGUAAGGCAUUUUUUUUAACCUGAUGUAUAGUGAGGUAUUUUUCGGACAUGAUGUAUAGUGAGACAUUUUUUUGGACAUGAUGUAUAGUAAGGUAUUUUUUCAGACAUGAUGUUCAUUCAUUCAUUUUCUUCCGCUUUUUCCUCACGAGGGUCGCGGGGGGUGCGGGAGCCUAUCCCAGCUGUCUUCGGGCGAGAGAUGACAUGAUGACUUCCUAAACAUGAUGUUUAGUAAGCACCUGACCAAGCAGGUGGACCUCCUGAGGCAGGUGAACGACCAGCACGCCAAAGUCUACGAGCAGCUGGACGUGGCGGCACGAGAGCUGGAGGAGAGCAACCGGAAGCUGACUCAGGACAACCGGAUGUCCCAGCAGAAGAUCCACGGGCUGACAGAAAUGGUGGAGCUGCUGCAGACUCAGAUGGAGGAGCUUCAGCAUCAGGUGGAUGACAUGAAGCUGGGACCGUCUCUGCUUGCUCAAGGACGUUGGAGGACGCGUGGGGCUCAGAGUGUGAGCUGCCUGGAGGAGUUGCAAAGACACCCGGAGGAACCUUCCAAUGACCUUGAGUGCUACGGUGUGCAGCAGUGGCAUGAGGAGCAGCAAGCAUCUCUGCAACGUUCACUACGCAGCCUCCAGGCUCAUUAUGCUGGCGAGCGUACUCGUCGGGAGGAGGCGGAGCUACAAGCGGGGUUCUUGAGCCGGGAGAACAUGGCGCUCGAGCAGCAGCUGGCGGGGAUGGAGACGUGCAAGGUGCGAGUGUCAGAGCUGGAGAAAGAGGCCGAGGAGUUACAUCACCUCUGGAAAUCCCAAACCUUGGCAAGGUGCGACCUGCUGCUCCUGCAUCCAGAAGAGGAGGGGGAGGAGGAGGAAUCGCUCAGAAGCCGGCGUCCUUUGAAGCGCUGGGCCAGCGAGCAUCUGCUGAAGGGCACGCGGAUGCACGAAACCACAGCGGAGCACGAGUGCUGGUGCGCCAGGCGAGCCGAGGUGGUCAAACACCGCGGCAUCUCGCUGCUCAACGAGGUGGACGCCCAAUAUAGCGCCUUGCAGGUGAAGUACAACGAGCUGCUGCAACGCCUCAGCCAGACGCAUCACCUUGACGACGAUGAUGAAGAGGGUGUCAUUCACAAAGGGGUCCAGACCACAUCGCUCGGCAGCGAGGAUGACGUCCACCAGCCAGAGUACAAGGAACUUUUUAGGGAGAUUUUCUCUCGCAUUCACAAAACCAAAGAGGACCUGAUUAAAAACAGGGUGAGAUCGCCUGCAGGCCGUGAGGUGUCACUGCACCCGCAAUACCUGGACCCGUACCCAGACCUGGGCAGCAACACGUUCUCUUAAUAUGCCAGGAGUACAGACAAAAGGCAAUCUCUCUAUCUCACUGGCAAGGAAAGACUCAAAUACCACACCUGGAGCACUGCACACACCUCCACCUCAGCAACCUCAGCAACUUUAGCAUCUGAUUGCGUGAAGAUGGAGGACAGAAUUUGUUGCAACAAAUGAUUCUUGGAUAACCAAAUUAAACUCUUUCACUAAGGUCACCACUUGUAUUGUACAGUAUACUUUGUGCAAAUAUAAUCUACUUCACUGUGACCAAUGAUAAUUCAUGUUCAUGUGCUGUUUAUCAACUCAUUAAACUAAACACCUCACCUUCCUCCAUUUCUUUCUAC